GUCAUAUCUCAUUCGAUGUAUAUACUUAUAAUAGGUUGGUGAUAUUUCCCACCUAUCGUAAAAAAUCCAAGAAAUGCAGCAAGAAUUCGUCAUCUCUUCUAUACCCGAACUAGGUACUCACUCCGUGUAGCCACACUUGGCGGCUCUAGAUGAGGAAGAUAACGCAACUGCCCGCAACAUCUUUCUCAAUGCCACCCCUUGGCGAAAUGGAGGCCAUAUCGCGUGUGCAAUAAUGGCAAACCAUGGCAUUGGGAGCAUUCGAACUGCUGUUGCUAUCGACCACAUGUAAUGCCCAGAAGCCAAUGGCACGAGCAUAGAUAAGAACAUCACACAAAAUGAGUAGGUAUGAUAUACUACCUGCUUCCUAUAAAUACGGCAAAGGUCUUCAAUUUGACUCGGAGUUCGUCUCCUCUGAGUUUGCAACUGCCGUCUGUUCAGACGUAGCACUUUUAGUUUCUCUCUGCGUAGCCGCUAUCGACUAAAGUCAUGAAGUCCCUGGGGCCUGCUGUAGCCUUCACGGCCGCAAAUCUACUCGCCGUUAUUGGUAGCGCAGAGCCAAUCAAGCGUACUACUUUCUCCAAACGCGAUUUGCCAUUAGUCGACGAUGCUCUGGUGGACGCUAUUCUCCUAGAGGACUUAGUAGAUUGUGCUCAGGAUCUAGAAGACAUAGCCUAUGCGACUUCCGGAAGAAACAGAGUCCAUGGCUCGGAAGGCCAUCUUAACACCGUCCAAUACUUCGUCGACCAGCUCAGCUCGCUCGGCGACUACUACGAUAUCCAGCAGCAGGAAUUCACGACCGAGGUGGCCUUCGAGGCCCACGCGGAGCUGUCGAUUAACGGCGAAACCCUCGAGGCGGGAGGCUUCUCGUUCGGGAAUAACGGAACCUGGACGAACACGCCCUUGGUUACCGUGGCUAACCUUGGUUGCGUCGCCGAGGAUCACCCAGACACCUUAAGCGGAGCGAUUGCUCUCAUCGCACGAGGCAACUGCACUUUCGUUGAGAAAAUCGCGUUCGCCGGAGAAAAAGGGGCUGUCGGCGCCAUCAUCUACAACAACGCCGACGUGGGCAUCGCAGCCGGCACACUGGGCGGCGUGAACGAUCUGAUCCCGGUAGCCGGCAUCUCGCGCGCCGACGGCCUGCGCCUAGUCUCGCAGCUCGCGAACGGCACAUCCAUCACCUCAUCAGGCGAAUUCUGGCAGUACGUCGCGAACGCGACAUCAUACAACGUCGUAGCCUCGUCGCGGGGCGGGUCCGCCGCGGACGUGCUGUUCCUCGGCGCGCACAGCGACUCGGUCGACGCCGGUCCCGGCAUCAACGACAACGGCAGCGGGUCGUGCGCGCUGCUCACCAUCGCCAAGGCGCUGUCGCGGUACCGCGCCGCGAACCAGGUGCGGUUCGCGUGGUGGACGGCCGAGGAGGAGGGCCUGCUCGGGUCCGAGUACUAUGUUAGCGAAGCGGCGCCCGCGGACCUGGAUAAGGUCCGGCUGUACUUGAACUUCGACAUGGUCGCGUCGCCGAACUACGUCCUGGGCAUUUAUGACGGCGACGGUAGCGCGUUUAAUGUCUCGGGCCCGCCUGGGUCGGCGGAGGUCGAGAGCUUGUUCGAGGACUGGUAUACGGCGCAGGAGUUGCCGUUCGUGGCGUCUGAGUUUGACGGUCGUAGUGACUACGGCCCAUUCUUGGAGGCCGGGGUCCCGAGCGGUGGGCUCGACACCGGUGCCGACGGCAUCAAGACUGAAGAGGAAGUCACAUUGUUUGGAGGCACGGCGGGAAUCCGGUACGAUCCUAAUUACCACACCGCCGCGGAUAAUAUGACAAACCUGAACCUCGAGGCCUUCAAGGCUACCAGCAAGGCUAUUGCGCACGCUGUUGCGACGUACGGCGCGAGUUGGGAGGGUUUCCCGGCGCGCAAUGUUACAUCGUUGACUAAAAGGUCGUCGGGGGACUCCAGGAGGUACAAUGCACCAACGAAGAAGUUGAGGCAUGGUAAGAAGGCCUAUUAAUAAAUUGCCGUGGCUGGUGGUGGGAAACGACUAUUACAAGCUAGGAGAUAGGGUUGAUUAAUCGAACCUGAUGUCACUGAUCUGAGAAGUUUGUGAGUAAGGUGUGUAUAAUGCAUAAAUAUCAGCCAAUGACGUCUAUGAUAAAACAACCCUGGCAAUAUAAUGCUUGGAUAAUGAGCUCAAGUGCUCUAGAGAAUCCUGCUUAGGUAUAAGCAGCUUACCUAGCUUGAUGAUCUAAUCCUCAAGUUCCGGAUCCAAUCUGAAGGAUCUUAGUCUAGAAUAUGACUUACAGAACAGAA